UGUACUAAAUGACGCGGAAGUUGUCAGGGAACACCUGCAUACGCACGAAAGCGUUCUCCAACACCUACAUAAACAUGGAGAGGAAAGAGAGACUUGUGCUGCUGGUGAUAAUUUUAUGUGCGCCUCAGAUAAACGCGCCAGAUAUGGAAGGAAUUGCUGGAUGCGCUAUUACCGGAGGUGCUAUUGCUAUAGCUGGCUACACUGCGCGUAAAAUUUAUUGUCGUUUAACUGAAUGCUGUGAGGACAUCUCAGCCGACAUAGCUGGUUUACAGGCAGCUCUUCGUUGGCGUGUUUUUGGUCAACACUUAGUCUCCCAGACCGUGUUGAAGGCACUCGUUGGACAUUUGAACGAUGAGUCGCCCAAUAAAGCGUUGGCGAUUUCCUUCAACGGCUGGACAGGAUCAGGAAAGAACUUUGUGAGCAAGAUCAUUGCCGAACACAUCUUCAAGAAGGGAAUGAAGAGUAAUUAUGUUCAUCUGAUCAUAGCUACCCAUCACUACCCUCAUCAGUCCGAUGUAGAAAUUUACAAGCGACAGCUGCGCGAUCUAGUGGAAAGAUCCGUAUCAAAGUGCCCCAGAUCCAUGUUUAUUUUCGACGAAAUGGACAAAAUGCCGUUAGGCCUCGUAGAUGUGCUUAAGCCUUACUUAGAUUACCACCCCCCUGGUGCAGGCAAGAUCGAUUUCCGUCAAAGUAUCUUCAUAUUCCUCAGCAAUACAGGGGGUGAUCUCAUCAACCGCGGUGAAUUUGAUGGCAAAGGUGGAUUCUGGCAUUCCUCUCUUAUUGAAAAACAUCUCAUAGACUACUUUAUUCCAUUUUUGCCGUUGGAGAGAUCCCACGUUAAAUUGUGUGCUGAAGCCGAGUUAAGAAGGAAAGGACACCCAGUCUCAGAACUCAUCUUUAAUAAAGUAGCAGAUGAAUUAUCAUACUUUCCAAAAGACCUGGAGGUCUUCUCACAGUCUGGCUGCAAGAAAAUUUCGAGUAAAGUCGAUUAUGUUAUGGGGUGAAGAGUUUUAAAAACCUUGAACUUGGGGCCUAUUAGGCAACAAGUCACUCUCACAUAAUGUGUAGACAAUUUUCAGCGACUCGUAUUUGAAAAAACAGUAAUAGCUUUUUACUUACAUGACAUUGUAAACCUAUGACAGUGACUUGCCUGUUAGUAACUUGAUCUCUCAAACUUAGUUUUAGAAGUGGGUGGGAGAGGGGGUGAGUUCAGCAGAGGGUGGAGACUGAGGUGUUCGAGGUAUGUUUUGAUUUGCCGAAGUUUUCCGUGUUUUCAGGCACUCUUAAUUUCGCAUCAUAAAAACUUAAAAAUAUAUUAACUUCUAGAACUAACCUUUCGUAUGAUACAAGUUUCAUUUCAUUGAUUGUGAAUCGUAUUCAUACGAAUGAACCUAGUGUUAAAGCUCACGUCGACACUCUCUGUGCUUGAAACAAAGGUUUACCAAACAGAGAAAGGAUGCCAAAGUCUGUUUGAGUGAACUUUGCUGUGUUUGUAUGCGCUUUUAAUUUUACAAGAUACUUCCACUUCUUAGCAUUUUUAUGAGAUAAGUUUCCUACGUUAUCAUUCAUAUCGGUAGCAAAAAUCACUCGGGUGUUUGGAAACUGAUCAUAAUCUUCUUGAUAUCAACAUAUUUUACUUCGUUUAACGUUCUAAUAGUGAGACCCUAUGCCUAACUUCGGAGUCCUUUUCCCUUUUGCAAUAUACUAAUACAUAUUAGCUUUGAUUUGAUGUAAGUUUCACACAAGAGGCUACACGUAAUUUUUAAGCCAAAUUGCCGCCGGUGGUGGCAAGUUUUGUGAUGGCAAGUUUUGUGGUGGCGAAUUGCCUGUAAACCAGCUCUCCUGUAACGUGUUGUUUCUGAACAAAACAAAAGUUUGCUGAAACUAUAGAUUAAAAAGCUUUAUAGGA